AUGGAGGCGACGCAGCUCUCUCGGGGCGAGGUCAAGCGGCGGCUGGUGCGCGUGUGCAGGGAGCUGGAGGCGCUCGUGGCCGGCAGCUACGGCCCGCUGGGCAGGGCGCAGCUCGUGCAGGCCAACGCGCAGUGCCCCGACGCGCUCACCGCCACGUCCGUGGCCGAGCGGUACUUCGCCAGCGUCGACAUUGGGGACUGUCCGAUCGCCAACGCAUACUUCCACAUACUCAAGAGCAAGAUCCGAAACCACGCCGAUGGAGGGCUCUUCUUCGCGGGUUUGAGUCUGCAAUUGGUGCUCGACUGGAUUCUUGAGUAUCUCGACGACGAGCGUUGUCCUGUGCGCGUAGCGGUGACUUGGAGCUCGGAGACUGCGCUUUCCGCAGUAAUUCGCGGUAUCGUUUCGUCCAAGUCCACGACGGGACUGGAUGAGGCCACCACAGACGCGGCGGUAAUUCCACUUAUCAUCCAGGCGUUCGUGGGCGUUUUCACUUUUGUUGUCGAAAAUCCUGGUGAAUCUGUUCCGGUGCAGCUCCUCUUUGCCUCCGGUCAAAAGUCAAUCGCGAAGUCUCAGCUGUGGAAGCAAACGGUUCUUCUUGAUCUCCCAUGGCCGUCUCGAGGGAGGCGCGGAAACGCCAAACGCAGCUCGUUGUCUCCACCCAUUUGCGACGCACGGGUUGCUUUGUUCAACAUCACUAUCGAGCCUCUAGCAGAGUUCGACGAGGAAGAUACCAGCACAAGCAGGAGCCAUUCGGGCUCGUUGAAUAACUUUCGACUCAAAGCGCUUCGACAAGUUGGCGACAGACUGGAGCGGCUCGGCGCCACUGCGGUGCUCUCGCAGAAAAUCAUUCCGAAGUAUCUGCAAACAUACUUGGCUGCCAAGGGUAUCUUCACACUCGAUCGACUGUCCGCGACGUACAUCCGAGGCGUGCAAAUGCUGAGUGGGGCCACGAUUCUCAGCGACUGGAGAAUCGAUGACAGCAUUAUCAGCAGCGCUCUCGGAUUUCUAUCCCUCGUCACGACGCAAACCAUCGGAAGCAAACAGUACAUUCGACUUCACCGAGAGUUUCCAGCGAGUCCGGCGUCAUCCUCCUCGAACGGCGUAAAUGGGCACCCAGUGACAACCAUCGCAAUUGCCGCGCCGGACCGCUUCGCGUACGAUGAGCUUUCCCACGUGAUUACCACAUCUCUCAAAACGCUGGCAGGUUUGAUCGACAAUCCUUACGUGGUGGCUGGCGGUGGGUGUUUGGAGAUCCACCUUGCCGCUUUGCUGCGGCAGCGAGCGGGGCAGCUACGGACUCCGCCAGGCGCCAAGAUCGAUAAGCAAACAGCACGAAUGCUGCACCAGUUGUGUCAGACCGUCACCACUUUUGCCGGUUGUCUCGAGAAUGUGGCUGGACUUUUAUGCGGGAGCCAUGCCACUGCAACUGACCGCGCAGCCAUGAUCGAGCAGGUCUCCGAGUCAAACCACGAAUCGCUCGACGACGAGAAAAUAAUUGUAGAUGCCCGCAUCCUAGACGUCUUGGAAGCCAAGAAAGAUGCCAUCGUGCUCGCCAUCGAAAGUGUGUCCUCACUAGCCCGCAUCGCAUCGGUCGUCCAAGUCCCUUAG